CAGCAUCAUCAGGAUGGCUCUCAGACUGCUGGCUCUUCUAUCCUCACUGCUGUUUGUGUUUGAGUUGGCUUCUUCAGCCUGCAAUUCAGAUAUCAAGGGUCCUUAUCCAAUUUCGCUGGUUGUAUACAACUCCCUUGCCGAUGUAAAGAAUCUGACAUUCAAGACUGAGAUCGCCUAUAGAGGAAUCUUACUCGGAGCUAUGAAGAAAAUCCAAGCAUCCACAGAUGAAUUUAAAUUCACCAUUAAUGAGACUCUUGACUAUGGCCCCUACCUGCUCAGCGUGAAUGGAGUGGCAGGGAACGAUGAAAACCAAACAUACUGGGAGCUUCUCUCCGAGCUUCAGAACGGCACCAUCAUCAUGCCUGACGUGGGUGUUGGAUGCUACAUUCCAAACCCACAUGAUAAGGUUAUCUUGAAAUUCACCAAGUGGUAAUGUGUGUAAUCUUCUGUAGACCUCUCGUUGGACAUUUGUCCACAAUGAUAAGUGAAAAGCCCAAUUCCUGAUAAUAAAGUCAA